AUGGCUGCAUUGCAUAUGGUGUCGCAUGUUAGCGGCGGGCUGUCGUCAGUAGCCCCUACAGCAUCCGCGUCAUCGGGGUUCGACGAGAUGGCGGCGGGGAGGACGCGCAAGUACUACAUGGUGGGGGGGAAGGGCGGCGUGGGGAAGACGAGCGUUGCACGCAUCCACGUCAUCAGGGUUCGACGAGAUGGUGGCGGGGAGGACGUGCAAGUAUCACAUGGUGGGGGGGAAGGGCGGCGUGGGGAAGACGAGCUGCGCGCAUCCACGUCAUCAGGGUUUGACGAGAUGGUGGCGGGGAGGACGCGCAAGUACUACAUGGUGGGGGGGAAGGGCGGCGUGGGGAAGACGAGCGUGUCCGCGGCUCUAGCAGUGAAGUUCGCCAACGAGGGCCAUCGCCCGCUCGUGGUUUCCACCGAUCCCGCGCAUUCUCUCAGCGACUCCUUCGCCCAGGACGUGUCAGGGGGAACGCCAGUGGCUGUGGAAGGAACCGACCUGCCUCUGUUCGCCAUGGAGAUCGACCCAGAGCAGGCGCGGGAGGAGUUUCGGACAGCAACAGGGAAGGAUGGUGGCAAGGGCGUGAAGGACUUUAUGGACUCAGUGGGGCUGGGCGGCUGGGUUGACCAGGGCGUGAAGGGCUUCAUGGACUCCGUGGGGCUGGGCGGCUGGGUUGACCAGGGCGUGAAGGACUUUAUGGACUCCAUGGGGCUGGGUGGCUGGCUCGACCAGUCGACUCAAAAAACAUCUCCUCCGACUCCUUCCUUCUCCCUCUUCCGCUCUCUCCCCCGAUUGCCGGGCUCGCAGCUGAGCGAGCUGAAGCUGGGCGAGCUGCUGGACACACCACCACCUGGGCUGGAUGAAGCUGUUGCCAUCGCCAAGGUAGGUGGUGCAGCUCAUCUCAUGCAAGCCACUGAGAACAGCAACUUCACUCGCAUCACCUGUUGUACUCCUCUUUCACCUUUCCCUCAUCUAUCAUUGACUCUCACCUCCUCUCACCUCCUCUCACCUCCUCUCAACUCCUCUCACCUCCUCUCACCUUCUCUCACCUUCUCUCAACUCCUCUCACCUCCUCUCACCUCCUCUCACCUCCUCUCAACUCCUCUCACCUCCUCUCACCUUCUCUCACCUUCUCUCAACUCCUCUCACCUCCUCUCACCUCCUCUCACCUCCUCUCACCUCUUCUCACCUCUUCUCACCUCCUCUCACCACUCUCCACCACUCUCUCUUCCCCCAGGUGGUGCAGUUCAUGCAAUCACCCGAGGACACACGCUUCGGCUCCUCUCCCUCCUGGAUUUCCUGGAUGCAUCCAUCGGGAAAAUCCUCACACUCAAAAACAAGAUCAGCUCUGCCACGUCAGCAGUCAAGUCCCUCUUUGGUCAGGAGGAUGGCAAGCCUGACACGGCAGUGGAGAAGCUGGAGCAGCUGAAGGAGCGGAUGGUGAUGGUGAGGGAGAUUUUCCGCGACCAGAAGGCCACCGAGUUCAUUAUAGUCACAAUCCCCACAAUCAUGGCGAUCAACAAGAGCGCCCGCCUGCUGAAAUCCCUGGAGGUGGAGGGUGUGCCGGUGAAGCGGCUUAUAGCGAAUCAGAUCCUGCCCAAAUCGAAUUCCGACUGCAAAUUCUGCAACAUCAAACGCAAGGACCAGCAACGAGCAUUGGAUGGCGUGGAAGCGGAUAAGGAG